UGAAUAGAUGGAGUCAUAUUACUUAUUUUAUUGAGCGUCGUGUUUUUUAAUAUUUGAUUUAAACUUCUCCUCGCUAUUUAAUAUUCACACAUAGUAGCUUAUUCUUGUCAGAGAUAUUCUUGCAGCAGGAACAGAUGUCGUAAAUGUAUGAAUUAACCAGGAAGAGAGUCGGCAAGGUUUGCUGGCACAUUUCCAAAUAGAAGAACAGGUCUGCGUUUGUGCCAUACUACAAUCGCCUGCGAGCCUUGGACUUCUCGCUACGAAACACAUCUCAAGCCAGCGCUGGUUUUAUCAUAAAGGUUAUCACGAGAAGCGAGCUUCUUCACACCACAGAGACUGAAGUGAUCCCCGCGUUGCCAUGUCUUUGUCAGGAUGAGUAAUCAGGAGUACGGGGGCUGGCGCCUGUCAGAACUGGAAGAGGAGGAAGAUGAGGAUGAGGAGCCAAAGGUGUGCCAAGUGUGUGGAGACCGGGCGACUGGGUACCACUUCAAUGCCCUGAGCUGCGAAGGCUGCAAGGGCUUCUUCAGGCGAGCCAUGAAGCGGCCGGCGACGUUCCGCUGCCCGUUCCAGAACGCCUGCGCCAUCACCAAGAGCAACCGCCGCCAGUGCCAGGCCUGCCGCCUGCGCAAGUGCCAGGCCAUCGGCAUGCUGAAGGAGCUGAUCAUGUCGGACGAGGAGGUGGAGAAGCGGCGGAGGCUGAUCCGGGUGAAGCGGACGCAGGUGGAGCAGACGAUCCUCACGCCUGAGCAGGAGGCCAUCAUCCAGGAGCUGCUGGAGGCGCAGCGACAGACCUUCGACAUCACCUUCUCCUGCUUCAAACACUUCCGGCCUCUCGACCGGACGCUCUCCUCCUCGAUGGCCGAGUUCCUGCACCCGGCGCCUGAGACGGCGCCAGGAGGUAACGAUCUCCCAUCUUCAUCCUCCUCCUCCUCCUCCUCUUCCUCCUCAGAGCAGGGAGGAGGGCAGGACAAGAUGUUCUCCUCGCUGCCCCACAUCGCCGACCUCAGCACCUACAUGAUCCAGCAGAUCAUCGACUUCGCCAAGAUACUCCACUCCUUCAGGGAACUGUCCAUAGAGGAUCAGAUCUCUCUGCUGAAGGGCGCGACCUUCGAGGUGUGCCAGAUGCGCUUCAACAUGCUGUUCAACGUGAAGACGGGGAUCUGGGAGUGCGGCCCGCUGAUGUACUGCAUGGACGACGCGGCUCGCGCGGGCUUCCAGCGCCACCUGCUGGACCCGUUGAUGAAGUUCCACUACACCCUGCGGAAGCUUGGUCUGAACGAGUCAGAAUACGUGCUGAUGCAGGGCAUCUCCCUCUUCUCCCCAGACCGACCCGGCGUGACCCAUCACGGGAUGAUUGACAGGCACCAGGAGACCCUGGCGCUCACCCUGAAGGCGUACAUCGACACCAAGAGAACGGCACCGGAGAAGGACCUCCUGUACCCCAGGAUCAUGGCCUGCCUGACCGAGCUGCGCAGUAUGAAUGAGGAGUACACCAAGCAGCUGCUGCAGAUCCAGGACAUCCAGCCCGACGCCUCACCGCUAAUGAUGGAGGUGGUCAGGAAGGACAUCUGACACACACACACACACACA